AUGGAGCCGCUCCGGUACCCGCGGGGCCGCGCGCCGCCGCCGCUGCUGCUGCCGCUCGCGCUGCUCGCACUGCUGGGAGGCGGCGGCGGCGGCGCUGCGCUGCCCCCCGGCUGCAAGCAGGAUGGGCGACCCCGAGGGGUCGGGAGGGCGGCUGGCGCCGCUGAGGGCAAGGUGGUGUGCAGCAGCCUGGAGCUCGCGCAGGUCCUGCCCCCGGACACGCUGCCCAACCGCACGGUCACCCUGAUUCUGAGUAACAAUAAGAUAUCCGAGCUGAAGAAUGGCUCAUUUUCUGGCUUAAGUCUCCUUGAAAGAUUGGACCUCCGAAACAAUCUUAUUAGUAGUAUAGAUCCAGGUGCCUUUUGGGGAUUGUCAUCACUGAAAAGAUUGGAUCUGACGAACAAUCGAAUAGGAUGUCUGAAUGCAGACAUAUUUCGAGGACUUACUAAUCUGGUUAGGCUAAACCUUUCAGGGAAUUUGUUUUCUUCAUUAUCUCAAGGAACUUUUGAUUAUCUUGGCUCAUUACGAUCUUUAGAAUUCCAGACUGAGUAUCUUUUGUGUGACUGUAACAUAUUGUGGAUGCAUCGCUGGGUAAAGGAGAGGAACAUCACCGUGCGGGACACCAGGUGUGUUUAUCCUAAGUCUCUGCAGGCCCAGCCAGUCACAGGCGUGAAACAGGAGCUCUUGACAUGCGAUCCUCCCCUGGAGUUGCCGUCUUUCUACAUGACUCCGUCCCAUCGUCAGGUUGUUUUCGAAGGAGACAGCCUUCCUUUCCAGUGCAUGGCUUCGUAUAUUGAUCAGGACAUGCAAGUGCUGUGGUACCAGGACGGGCGCGUAGUUGAAACUGAUGAAUCGCAAGGUAUCUUUGUUGAAAAGAACAUGAUUCACAACUGCUCCUUGAUUGCAAGUGCCUUAACCAUUUCUAAUAUUCAGGCGGGAUCUACUGGAAAUUGGGGCUGUCACGUCCAGACCAAACGUGGGAACAAUACGAGAACUGUGGAUAUUGUGGUAUUGGAGAGCUCUGCACAGUACUGUCCUCCCGAGAGGGUGGUAAACAAUAAAGGGGACUUCAGGUGGCCCAGAACAUUGGCGGGCAUCACUGCGUAUCUGCAGUGUACUCGGAACACCCACGGCAGUGGGAUAUAUCCCGGAAACCCACAGGAUGAGAGAAAGGCUUGGCGCAGAUGUGAUAGAGGUGGCUUUUGGGCAGAUGAUGAUUAUUCUCGCUGCCAGUAUGCAAAUGAUGUCACUAGAGUUCUUUAUAUGUUUAAUCAGAUGCCCCUCAAUCUUACAAAUGCUGUGGCAACAGCUCGACAAUUGCUGGCUUACACUGUGGAAGCAGCCAACUUUUCUGACAAAAUGGAUGUUAUAUUUGUAGCUGAAAUGAUAGAAAAAUUUGGAAGAUUUACGAAGGAGGAAAAAUCAAAAGAGCUGGGCGAUGUGAUGGUUGACAUUGCAAGUAACAUCAUGUUGGCUGAUGAGCGAGUCCUGUGGCUGGCGCAGAGGGAAGCUAAAGCCUGCAGUAGAAUCGUCCAGUGUCUGCAGCGUGUCGCUACAUACCGGCUGGCCAAUGGUGCUCAUGUUUAUUCAACAUAUUCUCCCAAUAUUGCUCUGGAAGCUUAUGUCAUCAAGGCUUCUGGCUUCACCGGGAUGACCUGUACCGUGUUCCAGAAAGUGGCAGCCUCUGACCGUACUGGACUUUCGGAUUAUGGGAGACGUGAUCCGGAUGGAAACCUGGAUAAGCAGCUGAGCUUUAAAUGCAAUGUUUCAAAUACAUUUUCGAGUCUGGCACUAAAGGUAUGUUACAUUUUUCCAGACUGUGAGCCCUCCGAGGGUGUGGACCAUGUUCCGUCCCUGCAUAUCUGGUGCUUGGCUCCACACCCGGCCGUGGAGGCCCCAGUUAACAUUUGCCAAGAUUUGACAGGAUCUGAACUGUACACCCAGGCGGCCAGUCUCCUGCAUCCCGUGGUCUAUACUACUGCCGUCAUCCUCCUCUUAUGUCUGUUAGCCGUCGUCGUCAGUUAUAUAUACCAUCACAGUUUGAUUAGAAUCAGUCUCAAGAGUUGGCACAUGCUCGUGAACUUGUGCUUUCACAUUUUCCUGACCUGUGUGGUCUUUGUGGGAGGAAUAACCCAAACCAGAAAUGCCAGCGUCUGCCAAGCAGUUGGGAUAAUUCUUCAUUAUUCCACCCUUGCCACAGUACUGUGGGUGGGAGUGACAGCUCGAAACAUCUAUAAACAAGUCACUAAGAAAGCUAAGAGAUGCCAGGACCCUGAGGAACCACCACCUCCACCAAGACCAAUGCUCAGGUUUUACCUGAUUGGUGGUGGCAUCCCCAUCAUCGUUUGUGGCAUAACAGCAGCAGCAAACAUCAAGAAUUACGGCAGUCGGCCAAAUGCACCCUACUGCUGGAUGGCGUGGGAACCCUCCUUGGGAGCCUUCUAUGGGCCUGCCAGCUUCAUCACUUUUGUAAACUGUAUGUACUUUCUAAGCAUAUUUAUUCAGUUGAAAAGACACCCUGAGCGCAAAUAUGAGCUUAAGGAGCCCACUGAGGAGCAACAGAGAUUGGCAGCCAAUGAAAAUGGUGAAAUCAAUCAUCAGGAUUCAAUGUCUUUGUCUCUGAUUUCUACAUCAGCGUUGGAAAAUGAGCACACCUUUCAUUCUCAACUUCUGGGGGCCGGCCUUACUUUGCUCUUAUAUGUUGCUCUGUGGAUGUUUGGGGCCUUGGCAGUUUCUCUGUAUUACCCUUUGGACUUGGUUUUUAGCUUCUUUUUUGGAGCCACGUGUUUAAGCUUCAGUGCGUUCAUCAUGGUGCACCAUUGCGUUAAUAGGGAGGAUGUUAGGCUUGCAUGGAUCAUGACUUGCUGCCCAGGACGGAGCUCGUAUUCGGUGCAAGUCAACGUCCAGCCCCCCAACUCGAGUGGGACGAACGGAGAGGCACCCAAGUGCCCCAAUAGCAGUGCGGAGUCUUCGUGCACAAACAAAAGUGCUUCGAGCUUCAAAAAUUCCUCCCAGGGCUGCAAAUUAACAAACUUGCAGGCUGCUGCGGCUCAGUGCCAUGCCAAUUCUUUACCUUUGAACUCCACACCUCAGCUGGACAAUAGUCUGACAGAACAUUCGAUGGACAAUGAUAUUAAAAUGCACGUGGCGCCUUUAGAAGUUCAGUUUCGGACAAAUGUGCACCCGGGCCGCCAUCAUAAAAACAGAAGUAAGGGACACCGGGCCAGCAGACUCACGGUCCUGAGAGAAUAUGCCUACGACGUCCCGACAAGUGUGGAGGGAAGCGUGCAGAAUGGCUUACCUAAAAGUCGGCCGGGCGGUAACGAAGGGCACUCCAGGAGCCGAAGAGCUUAUCUAGCCUACCGAGAGAGGCAGUACAACCCGCCCCAGCAAGACAGUAGUGAUGCUGGCAGCACACUUCUCAAAAGCAGCAGAAAUUUUGAAAAACCUGUUUCAACUAGCAGUAAAAAAGACGCUUUAAGGAAGCCAACCGUGGUUGAACUUGAAAGUCAGCAGAAAUCUUAUGGCCUCAACUUGGCCAUUCAGAAUGGACCAAUUAAAAGCAACGGGCAGGACGGACCCUUGCUCGGUACCGAUAGCACUGGCAAUGUUAGAACUGGAUUAUGGAAACACGAAACUACUGUGUAGCAUUGCUGGGUGUCCUAGGCAGAAAUUGAUGUGAACUGUGAUAUUCACAUUCCCUUAAGCUAUGAACAUUUAAAAACAGUUUACAGCCACCUUAGGGAUUCAAAAGAAUUUGGAAUCAACUUAGAAGUUUUGGAUUUUACUUAUUGUAUAUCCCCAAAUUGUUGCCUUUUUUUAGAAAUUAAAGAAAAAAAGAACCUUUUUAAACAUUGUUUUAGUCAUCAAGGUACCGACAGGCAAUUCUGGGAAUCUGAAAUGUAAUUUCUUGGACUUUGUAAUAUAUACUUUGCAUUUCAGGCUUCUAUUUAAUACAAUAAAUAGGUGUUUCUCAUUGUG